AUGUCAGCCACUGAUGGGGCCAAUAACAAUGGUAAUGAUGAUGAUUAUGAUGUUAGCACGUUUAAAACGGUAGUGUUUGAUGAUAUCGAUCGUCAAAAAAACCAAUACUAUUUAAGCGCACUUGACCCAAACGGCUACAUUGAUAUUUAUCCCGAAGCUACAUUAAAAGCAUCCAAAGAUUUGAUUUCUAGAAGGUUGCCAUUGUUGUUAAAAACACGAGGGGAUUUUAUCACACGAGAGUGCGGUCACUGUAACGACGCGUUUGGCGUGGAGUUGGACGUGCGUGCGCGACGAGGUUCGUCAGCUGACUGGCGCGCGCGGCCCGAUCCCAGUGACAUAUGGCAGCUCAGUGCUCAACCAGAUGAUCGGCGACAACAGAAGACAGAUGUUCGGAACAGGUUCCGCGGUACGAAGGUAGAUGACGAGUGA